UAAACAACCAUAGAAUAGCGUCGGCGCAUUCUUUUAGCCGUAGGAAGUAAGUAAAAUGUGAUUAAUAUUUUAAAUCCGUUCAAUCUAAACGUAAAUUUAAGGAAUUUUAAUAUGGCGCCAACAGAAGCAAAGAAGGCCGCCCCUGCUCAAAAGAAGCCGGAAGCCAAGGAAAAAAACAAGGCAAAGAAAAGAUCGAGACCAAGGAAUUAUAAUCUAGGAAAUGGCGUGUAUAGGUUUUCUAGGUCCCGUAUGUACCAUAAGAAAGCCCUUUACAAAUUCGUAGGAAAAAAAGUUAAGCCUACAAAGAAACCUAGUAAACCGUUGUUUGUUGAAAAGCCAAUUGGGGGAGAAAAGAACGGUGGAAAACGUAUUGUGUUCUUGAAAAAACGAAGAAACUAUUUUCCAACCCAAGAAAAAAUUAGGAAACCAAAAUCUAAACAGUUAUUUAAAAAUCAUACCCGUAACCUACGCAAGUCUUUAAGGCCUGGUACAAUACUUAUCCUUCUGGCUGGUGUCCACAAGGGUAAGAGGGUAGUUAUGCUGAAGCAGCUGAGAUCAGGGUUGCUUUUAAUAACUGGUCCCUAUCUAAUAAAUGGUUGCCCACUUAGAAGAAUCCACCAACGUUAUGUGAUUGGAACAAAGACUAAAAUAGACCUUAAAGGAUUCAAACUUCCUAAGAACAUUAAUGAUGACUAUUUCCGCAGGGAAAGGAAGAAGAGACCCAAGAAGGAAGAAGGUGACAUCUUUUCUGCUAAAAAAGAGGCGUACAAAGUAAGUGAUGUUAGAAAGACAGAUCAAAAGGUGGUUGAUAAAGACAUCAUUGCCGCAAUUAAAAAGCAUCCGGACAGGAAAGUCUUGUUUGCUUACUUGUCAGCUAUGUUCGGUCUUAGGUCUUCGCAAUUCCCGCACCGAAUGAAGUUCUAAUAUUUAAUUUUUAUGUAUUGAUUUGUUACACUCGAGAGUUUGAUCAAUAAAGAGUGGAUUUCUAACA